AUGGCGCUGCCGUGGGCGCUGAGGAGCUGCCUGCAGCGGCCGUGCGUGCUCAGGAGCCGCCGGGCGCCCCUGGGCGGCGCGGCGGGCGCGGGGCUCAUCCUGCAGUCGCUCUCGGACGACGUUUACCAGAACCUGGCCGUGGAGGACUGGAUCCACGAGCAGGCGAGCCUGGAGAACCGGCAGGUGCUCUUCCUGUGGCGGAACGCGCCCGCCGUGGUGGUGGGGAGGCACCAGAACCCCUGGCAGGAGUGCGACCUGGGGCUCCUGCGGCAGAAAGGCAUAAAACUGGCCAGGAGGAGGAGCGGCGGCGGCGCCGUUUACCACGACCUGGGCAAUAUCAACCUGACCUUCUUCACGUCCAGGAAAAGAUACGAGCGCAUGGACAACCUGGAGCUGGUGGUGCGGGCGCUGAGGGCCCUGAGCCCGCGGCUGGACGUGCGCGUCACGGACCGGUACGACAUCGUGCUGGGCGGGCGCUACAAGAUCUCCGGCACCGCCGCCAAGCUGGGCAGGACGGCCGCCUAUCACCACUGCACCUUGCUCUGCGGCGCGGACAAAUCCCUGUUGUCUGCGGUGCUCAAGAGCCCGUAUCAAGGGCUCCGAAGCAACGCCACUGCCAGCGUGCCGUCCGCGGUGAGGAAUCUCUUGGAAGAGGACCCUGCUCUGACUUGCGAGCGGCUCCUGGAGGCCGUUGCCGAGGAAUACGCUGCGCGGCACCACGUCGAUCGUCACGUCACCUUGAUAAACCCUGCCGAUGAGGCCGUGCUGCCCGGAAUUCACAGGAAAACUAAAGAACUGCAAACCUGGGAAUGGGUGUAUGGAAAGACACCAAAGUUUAGCGUUAGCACGUAUUUCGACCUGACCUACGAGGAUUCUGUUCUCCAAGUUAAAGUGGAUAUGGAGGUAAAGCAUGGGAAAAUAGAAGUCUGUAACAUUGAUGUGCCCGAGCAGUGGCUGCCUCCAGGCCUGUGCCAGGAGCUGGCGAAGAGCCUCACUGGCUCCAGGUUUUGCCCGGAUGAAGUCACCGUGCUAGCAAGCGCUUGGCUAAGAACGUGUCCCCGCGACGACGAGUUGCGCCACAAGUGGAAUCUUUUAUGUGAGAACGUGAGGAUGUUAAUGUGACUUCU